ACUCUCCAUUGAUAUUUCAUUACAGAUAGCAGCAGAAUCAGUGAAGAUAAAAUGUUAAACAUGAAGGCAUCAAUUCUUCAACAUUUAGCUUUUGGAGGUUCAAUCACUUCAGCGACAUGCCAGCUUGGGAAGUCAUCAAACAGAUACUUGCCUGGUCCUGCUACUACCACAAGUUCAAAGCAAAGUAAAGUGAAUUCAGUUAUUUCUAAGAUGAACAAUCUUGGCAGAAAAGCAGACAGUUUUGCAAAUGGAGUCAGAGAGCAUGUGAGAGUGGGGCCAAAGAUGAGUGACACAGUAAAAGGGAAACUAAGAUUAGGAUCUAAAAUUCUCAAAGUUGGCGGAGUUGAGAAAGUGUUCACUGAAAUGCUUAGUGUUACAGAUGGAGAGAGGCUGUUGAAUGCAUCACAGUGCUAUCUAUCAACCACGUCUGGGCCAAUAGCAGGCCUCCUCUUCAUUUCGACUCAUAAAGUUGCCUUCUGCAGUGACAGAUCCAUCAAGGUCUCUUCUCCAACAGGAACAGGAACACUCACAAGAAUCCAUUACAAGGUGUUGAUUCCGCUUGAAAACAUCAAGUGUGUCAACAAAAGUGAAAAUGCGAAGAAUCCUUCGCAGAAGUACAUGGAAAUAGUAACAGUGGAUAGCUUUGAUUUUUGGUUCAUGGGUUUCUUCAACUAUCAGAAAGCUUUUAAAUAUCUUCAGCGAGCUCUCUCGUCAGCUUAGAGGAAGCCUGGAAGAUUGUACAUAAUUUUUUCUUUCUUUCUUGAGAUGAGAUUGUGCUUCAAUCUCAAAUUCCUUUUACUUGUUUCUUCUCAGGCUCCUUUGGUACAAAAUAGAAAUAAGAAAUGACA